AACCAGUCAGUUUCACACAUCAAAAUGUCUCUAGUACAACAACUCUCAAAUCUAUCAAUGGUCGUUUUAGUUUCUUCUCCUUUGGGCGUCAUCAUGUCUAAGAAAACUCAAACCUUUUGCAAAGGAUCUUCCCCCAAUCCCAACUCAUCCACUUCCUCUCUUGAAGCUUCCCAUUCCAAAGUUCGUGUCUUUGUCAGAAAAAAUAAAAAACCCAGAAGCAUGGCUGUCAAACUUGAAGAAGAGGACCAUUUUCCAUCAACCCAGGAUCACAAGGUUCCGGUUACCCAGAAGUUUGGCCUUCCAGAAAUUGAAGAAUUUGCUUACUGUGGAGCAACUAAAUUGACUCGGCGUGGAACGAGUUUUCAUACAUUUAGCUCUUUGUUUCCAGUGAAAUCUGAAAUUGAAUCAGACGGUGCUUCAGUGACAAGUGAAGUUGGCUCAACUAGACCUUGUGGUGAAUCACCUGCCCACUGGGAAAAGGUGCUUGAGGGGAUUCGCAAAAUGAGGUGUUCUGGUGAUGCACCAGUGGAUACUAUGGGAUGUGAGAAAGCUGGUGAUACACUACCUCCUAAGGAGAGAAGAUUUGCUGUCCUGGUAUCUUCUCUUUUAUCUAGCCAAACAAAGGAUCAUGUUACUCAUGGAGCAAUUCAACGCCUUCUUCAAAAUGAUCUGCUUACAGCUCAAGCUAUCAAUAAUGUUGAUGAAGAGACCGUCAAGAAGUUGAUCUACCCUGUUGGGUUUUAUACAAGAAAAGCCACUAACUUGAAAAAAAUUGCAAAUAUUUGUCUGAUGAAGUACAAUGGAGACAUACCAAGCUCAAUUGACCAACUACUGUUACUUCCAGGCAUUGGUCCUAAGAUGGCUCAUUUGGUUAUGAAUUCUGGAUGGAACAAUGUCCAAGGGAUAUGUGUAGAUACUCAUGUCCACCGCAUUAGCAACCGGCUUGGGUGGGUCUCAAGACUGGGCACAAAACAGAAAACUUCAACACCUGAAGAGACAAGAGAGUCUCUGCAACGGUGGCUUCCAAAGGAAGAAUGGGUUCCAAUAAACCCUCUCUUGGUAGGGUUUGGACAAACAAUUUGUACACCUCUGAGACCUCGUUGUGGAGAAUGCAGUGUAAGAGACUUGUGUCCCUCUGCCUUCAAGGAGACCUCAAACUCAAGCCCAUCUUCCAAGCCCAAAAAGCCCAGGCUGAACAAGAAGCCGUAACAUUCACCACUCCCAAAAACACAUUAACUUUUAACUAACUUUUGUGGAAUUGUGUUCCUCUUUUUGGUCACUAUUAUGGCAUGCACAUGCAUAUUCUAGGUAGGGUGUUGCUUCCUACACCCCCACCCUAACACUUCCGGAAUUAUUUUCCGGAACACAAAAAUUAUUGUUGGGCCUACUUUACCUUUUUUCUUUUUUUUUUUUUUGGGGGGGG